AAUCUCGGUGAACUAUCAGUUAAGAGUUCUCUCGGUGAAAGUGUCUUGAUGAGAAAGCCCAAGAAUUCCUCCAUUGCAUCUCACAAUGACGUCGAGAGUUUACCAAUACUUGGCCACGAUCAGCGGAAAUAUCGCCGCGAUUGCCUUUGGAACAGUAGUCGGCUGGGUAUCUCCUGUCAUUCCAGUUCUGCUCACUCCAGACAGUUCUCUCCCGUCUGGUCCAAUAAGUGACGAUCAAGCAUCCUGGAUCAAUUCGUCAACUUGCUUGGGCGGAAUAAUCGGGAAUGUUAUUUUCGGUGCUUUGGUGGAUCGCAUUGGCCGAAAAUGGUCGCUGUUCCUCCUCUCACUUCCGCUCGCAACGUCCUUCCUGCUGAUCCUGUUCGCUCAGGAUGGCAACUACUUGCUGGCAUCCAGAAUCGUAGGAGGAAUCGCUGGAGGGGGACUGUUUAUUGCAUUGCCGAUUUACAUUAAUGAAAUCUCUGAAGAUAAGGUUCGUGGGCGACUGGGAGCUGCUUUGAUUGUCUUAGACAACACUGGCAUCCUCGUUGGGUAUGUGAUUGGAAGCUACAUGACGAUCUCAACCUUUCCCUAUGUGGUCUUAGCCUUAGUCGCUAUUUUUGCCACAACAUUCCUUUUCUUCCCCGAAACGCCUUACUAUCUUUUGCUAAAGAAUCGACCUGCUGAAGCGGAAAAGUCAUUGAAGUUUUUCCGCGGAGUCAAGGACGAUGCCAAGAGUGAUACAUUGACUAGUAUUCAGACUGAAUUUGAGAACAUGAAGAACCUAAUUAAUAGCGCUAGUAAGAAGGAUUCCGUAACAAUCCAAGAUCUUAUCGCUCCCACGACGAUACGCGCAGUUCUUAUCAGUCUGGUGUUGUUGUUGGGCACGGACUUUUGCGGUGUGUUUGCUAUUGUAACAUACACAACUAGCAUCUUCCAAGAGGCCGGCUCAGACCUCAGCCCGAAUUUAUCGGCCAUCGUUGUGGCGGCGAUUCAAGUUGUCGGUUCCCUGAUAUCAUCCUGGCUCGUCGAUCGCGCCGGACGGAGAGUUCUCCUGAUUGUCAGCGCAACCGGAACAGCCCUGUGUCACACCGCCCUCGGAGCUCAUUUGUUCCUCAAAGCUUCCGGAGUUGACAUGUCUGCUUACGGCUGGCUACCGCUAUCCGCCCUCUCCGGGGCCGUUUUCAUCUGCAACAUCGGCAUCAACAAUCUGCCUUUCUUCAUCUUUGCCGAGUUCCUACCGCCAAAGAUUCUGGGCUUCCUCGCCACGGCAUUCCUCUUCAUAUCGUGGACAGCAGCAUUUCUCGUCAUCCUCUACUACACAUACAUUGUGGAAGCUUUCGGAAUGUACACUUGUUACUGGUUCUUUGCUGGCUUCUGCUUCUUCGAGGCGCUUUUUGUGCUUUUCCUAGUGCCCGAGACGAAAGGCAAGAGCUUUGAAGCUAUCCAAGAAGCUCUCGCCGGAAAGAGACGCAAACCCACACCGUCACCCACAGUCUACACCAUAAGCUUUGCUGUGAAAAUUGAAUUGUGGGGCGCGAGAAAGAUGAAGUUGAUUAAUUUUUCAAGUAUCAAUCAUCAAUUUGUGGCAGUGUUCUGUGUGAUGCCAUUACCCAAACCUCUAGUGAACAUUAUUAGUUUGGCACAUGGCUCCACUGUUGGAUGGCUCUCACCCUUCCUGCCCAUCCUGCUGUCCGAAGAGUCACCUUUGAUCACGGGCCAAAUUUCCAUCGAUGAGGCAUCCUGGAUUGGCGCCCUGCUUUGCGUUGGCGGGAUUAUUGGGUGCGCCGUGUACGGUAGUUUGGCCACAAGAUGCGGACGCAAAACAACGAUCUUGUUGCUAGCUGUUCCGCACAUCGGUUUCUGGCUGUGCGUCAUCUUUGCCGAUUACGUGUAUCACCUGUACUUGGCCCGCUUUUUCGCAGGCGCUACGGGCGGCGGCCUCUACAUUGUCGUCCCUCUGUUCGUUGCCGAAAUCGCUGACCCCAGUAUUCGUGGUCGCCUAGGUGCCAUCCUACCGUUGGCCGUCAGCAUGGGCAUCUUCAACGGUUAUGUUGCGGGAACCUUCAUUCAUCAUAGCUACAUUCCUUUCCUCAUGCUCAGUUUGUCUGCAUUCUUCCUGUUGAGCGUGAUCUCUCUGCCAGAGACCCCGCUCAGCCUCCUUAAAGCUAACAGAGUAGCAGAUGCGGAGGCGUCCUUUAAGUUCUACAAAAACGCUAGUGGCAUAACUGAUACAAAGAUGAAGGAAGACUUUGAGCGUGUUAGAGAACAACAGAUGAAGAGUCAAAGUCGCGAGGAAAAACUGCAACUCAGUGAUUUCACUACUCCAGCUGCCAAGAAGGGUUUUGUCAUCGGAAUUGGUCUUAUGCUUCUGACUCAGUUCUGUGGCUGCUUCGCUUUUGUCAACUACACCGCAACCAUCUUCAAGGAAUCAGGAUCAGAACUUGAUCCCAACAUUUCGUCAAUUGUUCUGGGCAUGGUGCAAAUCUUCGGGACCUACACAUCGACCAUCUUUGUCGAUCGCGCUGGUCGGAAGACCUUGCUUAUGAUAUCGUCGAUCGGCGCUGCUACUGGAUUGAUCCUGAUGGGUUCAUACUCCUUCUUCAAGUUCCAGGGCUACGCCUUAGCUUUCCUGGACUGGGUGCCCGUGGUGACCCUCUCGCUGGUUAUCUACAUCUCGUCGGUGGGCAUUCUGGCGCUCCCCUACAUCGUGCUCGCCGAGGUGCUCCCCUCGAAAAUAAGAGCUGUUGGAUCCAGUUUCUGUUUGGUCACGAUAAGCAUCUCUGCGUUUGUCAUCUUAAAAGCGAUGCCGAUCUUGAUGACUACCAUCCAGUUGUUUGGCUGCCUCUGGCUCUUCGCCGCGUUUUGCAUCGUCGGGGCCAUCUUCAUAGCUCUCGUUGUGCCGGAGACCAAGGGCAAGGUGCUGGACGACGAUGUUCAGGCCAAUGAUAAGGAACUCCAGCCGACAGUGUGAAAAUAUGCGUGUGAACUCAGUGGAAUAGGAUAGACUGACUAUUUAACAUUAUGUACAAUGAAUUUAUUCAAGAGUAUUGUAAGUUAUUUAUCAAGUUUAUGUAUAUUACGAUCAUAGUGAAAUAAAUUUGUCUCUCCCAAA